AUGGGGCUGCCCACGCGUUCUAAUGCCGAAAGUCAUGACUUAUAUUUCAUUGUAAAUUCGGGGCAGGCAAGCUUCCCCUUGGCUCAAGCAAACGGGUCACCGAGUGAGGCCCGAUCUCGUGCGGUCAAGGCUGGGCUCGAAAGAAAACGACGACUUGAGCGGGCGAACGGUGGCAACUUUCGCAAUUGUAUAGACCGCAAGUUACUAAAUGGAAGGCGUCCGCAACUUAGAGCUGCCUCUCUCGGAAAGAAGGUCGCUGCAGCAGAGCCUGUGCCAGCUUUGGACGCUUUCGAUCUACUUGCCGGAGACACGGAGGAGCUGCAGAGCUGGUUGCGAGCGCCCUUCACCGUUGCGGAUGAGCUGGUGCUAAACAACUUCAGCAAAGUCAUUCAUCAGAGCAACCAUGAUCCCGCCCUCCGGAGCGCCGCAAUGUUGACAGUCUCAUUCGCGAAGGCUGGCUUACUGGACCGGAGAGGUCUCGAGUACCAGAGCCGAGCACUAAGAGUGAUCGCCUCCAGGGUUCAAUCAGUGGAUGCAGCGGCCUUGGAGUCGACUUUGGCGGCCAUACUACUCCUUGCUGGCAUAGAAGUGAGUAUCUUCUCACCGAUUCUUGAUUCAUCUCCAGAUAUGCCGCAACAGAGCUUUACUGAACGAGAUCUGAAUGCAUCAGUCAUGACAGGUUCAGCCCGAAUUGUCCAUCAUAGCACGUUCGAGGAGCUCAAAUGGCGGCGAGACUCCGCAAGCAUUCCAUGCAGUGCGUUUUAUCUUCAAGAGGGCUUCAGGCCAAUAUCUCAUUUGCUCUCGAGUGACUUCAUCGAGGUAUUGAAAGAUAUCCAGGCGUUCCAGCUGGUCAGAGAUGCGUCGCUGUUUGGAGAGGCAACCAAUCUGCCUCCAGCGCAGAUUGAUAAUCACCAAGCUUCGAUUCAGUCGAGGCUCUCGGAUGCAGUAGAGAUGACCGGGGAGAGCGAGGGCUCGUUGCAGGAGUCUUUGCGAGUCGCAGCUUACUUAUGCUGCACAAUGCUUCGAUGCCGCAUCUGGCGAACGUCAGGUGCUCCGCCAUAUCUAGCUUCCAAACUGCUCCAGAGUCUUCGGUGCUGCCUCUCGGAGCCUACGUGGAAUGUAUAUCCAGAUAUAUUGACGUGGUUGGUAUUUGUUGGCGGAGCUUUUUCUCCAGCCGGCUCCCCUUUGCGAUCGGAGUUCCUCGCGCACAUGCGAUCCACGCAAAAUGUGUGCAUCCGUAACAACGGCUUCCGGCACAAAGCAACGUCUGGUUGGCCAACGGCUCUAUCAUUUGCGAGAAAUUACAUCUGGUCAGAAAGGGCCUUCUCGGUCUAUUUCGAGAGCUUCUGGCAAGAAAUCCAGAAAAGCACACGCCCCGUCAUGUCCACGGAAAGUCGCCUCUUCCAGCCGCUGAAGGUUGGCAAAGUCCAGAUCCAGCAUCGAAUCGCCAUGGCGCCACUCACGCGCAAACGUGCCACGCACGACCGCGUGCCAACGCGCCUUAUGAAGGAGUACUAUGGCCAGCGGGCCUGCGUACCUGGCACUCUCAUCAUCACGGAGGGCACCUUUGUCUCGGCCGCGGCGGGAGGCUUCCCUCACGCGCCAGGUAUUUGGAACGAGGAUCAGGUUGACGCGUGGCGGGAGAUAACCGAUGAGGUCCACCGCCGAGGAAGCUUCAUCUUUUGCCAGAUCUUCGCCAUGGGCCGGGCCGCAGAUGCAGACACGGCUGAGAAGGAGGGCGUUCCGAUUAUUGCGCCAAGCGCCAUCCCCUUGCGCGACAGACCCGAUGUUCUGCCGCUCGCCAUGACCAUCGACGAUAUCAAGCAGAUGAUACGGGACUUCACCGCGGCUGCAAAGAAUGCAGUACGUGCCGGCUUCGAUGGUGUCGAGUGUCAUGUUGCCAACGGUUACUUGCUCGAUCAGUUCCUCCAAGACGUCAGCAAUCAGCGCACUGAUGAGUACGGCGGUAGCAACGAGAACCGGGCGCGCGCCGUGCUCGAAGUGCUCGAGGCUCUGGUCGACGCUUUGGGUGCCGACCGUGUCGGCUUGCGGCUCAGCCCGUGGAGCACGUUCCAAGACAUGCGGAUGGCUGAUCCGAUACCACAAUUUACUCAUCUGCUGAACCAGAUCAAGGGAAGGUGGAGCGAUCUUGCUUACCUUCAUCUCGUCGAAUCACGUAUCUCCGGCAGCGAAGACGUUGUGGGACAGGAUGUUCAUGCCUGCCCAGAGCGCCUUGACUUUGCUUAUGACAUCUGGGAGGGCCCGAUUUUGGUUGCUGGUGCAUAUGGAUUGGAGUCAGCACGCAGACUGGUUGAUACAGAACACUCGCUCAAACAGAUUGUGGUGGUGUUUGGCAGACACUUCAUCGCCAAUCCCGAUCUUGUGUUCCGGCUCAGGCAGGGUUCGAAGCUCAACCCCUACGACCGAAACACAUUCUACAGUUCCGAGUCACCGCGGGGCUAUACUGAUUAUCCAUAUAGCAAUGAAUUUACUGUCUAG